CAACAACAGCUCCGGGUUUCAUGUUCACUCAGCUGACGUUAAUAUGUAUCGUGGCUCUUUUUAAAGCAGCAUAACAGUUAUGAUAGAAGUCAUUGAAGCUGGCAGAGGAAUGCAAUACGUCGACGUAUACAUAAAGUUGUCAUUGGCUCUCACUUGUAUGCCGAAUUGUUCCAUCAGCACUGACAUCCUGAAAUGCGAAAGCUUUUGAGAAAUAGGAAAUCAUUUUCAGAGCCAUGCUUCAAGUUUUUGUAACACGUUUCUGCUGCAAGACCUCGCUGUGACCGGCAGGGGGCGCAGAAUGACCGCUUUCACACGCAGCGUCACUGAGCUUCACACUGAGGCCCUCCACGCAGGUGUUCACCGUGGAGGAGAUGAUGCCUCACCUGCAGGACGUGAGCGGAGCCGUCACCAAGAACCUCUUCCUGAAGGACAAGAAGAAGAAAGGCCUGUGGCUGGUAUCGGCUCGGCACGACCGCCAGGUGAACCUCAACGACCUCGCCAAGAAGCUCGGCGUCGGCAGCGGCAACCUGCGCUUCGCAGACGAGGCGGCCAUGUUGGAGAAACUCAAGGUGGGUCAGGGCUGUGCGACGGCUCUCGCUCUGCUCUUUGACCGGGACCAGAGUGUGAAGUUCGUCCUGGACCGGGACCUUGUGGAGGGAGGCCACGAGAUGGUCUGCUUCCACCCCAUGACCAACGGCGCCACCAUGGGGCUCCGACCGGACGACCUGCUGCGCUUCCUCAAGGAAACGGGACACGAACCCAUCCUGGAGAGCUUUGCUUCGGGCUGAAGUGGACCCCCGAGGCCGCCUGCUGGGAUUAAACUGGGACGUGGAAAUAACCUGCAGAGCCAAAUAUGGACUUUAUUCUGCUUCAAGGAUUAAAAAAAAAAAAGGAUAACAAGUAAUGAAAUUAGGGCUGUCACGAUAUUUGACUUGUGCUGCCAAAAGAAAGAAUUCACAUCAAUGAGAAAUAUGUCUCUUUAUUGGCAAAUUAAUUAGUCAAAAUACGAGUGUGGGCAGAGUGUAACCAAUUGCUAUAUAUCAAAGAGUUUUUAUUUACGAGGCGUUGGAAUAUUUACAUGGUAUUAUACGUGUAUUAUUAAAAGGAUUUAAAUAUUUUAUUUUUAAAUAUCACGGUUAUCCUCAAUAGCGGUAUAUUGCGACACCUCUAGAUCAAAUGAGACACAAAAAGUCUUCAAGUCCACGAAGAGAACCUUGUGACUUUAAUUUAGUGACGCGUGAUUUCAAAUACUGAUGAGCAUGCACGUGAGGGAAAUAUUUGUUAAAGCUCAUUGUUGUUUUUAUAGAAUUUUCAAAAGGUGAAGAUUAAUUUAGAGACCAUUACAUUGACUCUCUGUUACUUUGUGAAGGUCAAGUCUGCUAAAGGAGCAGAGUGUGUUGUUUCAGCUCAUUAAAGAAUAAGCUGUCUGUCCCUGCUGAUCGUUUUCAAAUCAGUUUUAGAUGGAUUUAUUGUUUUCCUUUUUGUGUAAAUCAAUCUUCAAAUUGCCAAAAUAAAUGUUUGGUCCAGUUUA